UAGCCUGUGACGCAUCAUCACCGUCAGUCUUAUGUCACAUUCCGCGAUACAAAGAAAAGCUUGCAAUCUUUUGGCACUUUUAGGCCAAUUUUAUAUCAUUUAAUUGCAAUAGUCACUAGAAGUGUUGCAAUUGAGAAACAGUGCAUUUAGUUCUACAAGAUUUCGACAGCAGCAUUUUCUUUAUUUUAAUUGUUGAUACAGAUAGUAAAAUAAGAAGAAUGAGUCUCUCAGUCAUAAGAAAUGCAUUUGUUAAGUAUCCUAUUGUCAAAGGAAUGGCAACAUACAGUAUUAUAUGGCCAACAGGUUGCUUUGUACAACAAACAAUAGAUGGGAAGAACUGGCAGACAUAUGACUACAGGCAGUUCCUAAACUUUGCUGUAUUCGGAACGUUCUUUGUAGCUCCCACGCUAUAUGGAUGGAUUAGAAUGUCUAGUCAUAUGUGGCCCACAAUGAAUCUAAAAUCAGGACUAACAAAAGCAAUAGUAGAGCAAUUCAGUUAUGGACCAUUUGCCGGGGCGAGCUUCUUCUUUGGAAUGAGUUUGUUGGAGCAGAAAACAGUCGAUGAAGCAGUCGGGGAAGUCAAAAAGAAAUUUCCUGACACCUAUAAAGUCGGAAUUUGCGUUUGGCCAGUGAUACAGACAAUAAACUUUACUCUCAUAGCGGAACACAACCGGGUUCCGUUCGUGAGCAUAUGCAGUUUAAUGUGGACCACGUUUCUGGCAUACAUGAAGCAGCGAUCUGCAGAGGCAAGGCAGACCUCUUCAAUAAACAUACAGCAGCAAGAAGCCAUCGCGUAAGCCAAUGAUUGUUCGUAAUCGUACCAUCGUAACAAAGCAGAUAAAAUUUUGUACAAAAACCUGUAAACCACUAGCCCGCGAACAUUUUUAAAACAUUUUAUGGUGGUUGUGAUUUCAACACAUAAAGGGGACGCACUGUAGGGUAACCAAAGAUAUUUCUGUUUAUUUGUUAAGAGGGAUUGUUAUUUACAUGAAAUGUAGUUCAAUCAGUUUUAAGCGGGUUAUGAACCAGCAAGUUUAAUAUUUAUUACUAGACAAGCAAAAAAAGAAAAUGUAUCGAAAAUGUUGAAAAUAAGACAAUAUAAGCCACGGAUGCCAAGCGUCGUAUGUGUAUUACA